AAAUCUUAAGAGCAUCUGAAAAAACCGGAGGUGUGGUCGACCAAUGGGAGCAGACCCGGUGGCUCCGCCCCUCGUCGUGCGCAGCCCCCGGACCUUCCUCAGUCAACGAGGGACCUCCGCGAGUGUCGUGUGUGUAGUGUCGAUCUGUGGCUGUGAUUGCAGGAGAUUUUGAAAAGUAGGCUAUGCGGCUAGUCUAGCCAUGUUCCACGGCGCUGCGAGCGCUGCCCCCUCGGCCAACUACACGUCAGACACAUCCAACACCUCAGGUUACUCCCAGCAGCCAGUGUACGUGCCCUCCAACCGCGUGUUCCAGUGGAACUCCCCCUACAACUCCUCGACAGGCCAGAACUCCUCAUGGCACCCCCAGAACACCGGCCACGAACACUACCCAGGGUCUGCCCAGUCGCCGGCUGCGGCGUCUCAUUUCACCAACAGCUUCUACGCCGCGCAGACAACCAUGAUGUGGCGCGCCUACGACCCAAGCUUCCAGAGGUCGCUGCCCUACGAUGACGCGAUGCAGUUCCAGCUAGGUGAAGGUAGAGAAUGUGUGAACUGCGGCGCCAUCUCCACUCCUCUGUGGCGCCGCGACGGCACCGGACACUACCUGUGUAACGCCUGCGGACUCUACCACAAGAUGAACGGAAUGAACCGUCCUCUGGUCAAACCUGCCAAGCGACUAGUCAGUCUGGGGCAGACGGCAUCCAGACGCCUAGGCCUCUGCUGCACCAACUGUGGCACCCAGACGACGACGCUGUGGCGACGCAACAACGACGGCGAGCCUGUCUGCAACGCCUGUGGCCUCUACUUCAAACUGCACGGCGUCAACCGUCCACUGGCCAUGAGAAAGGACGGCAUCCAGACACGCAAGAGGAAACCCAAGAAGUCUUCUGGCAGUGAGACGAUGCCUUCCACUUCCACAUCCAGUACACCGGCCAUUUCCAAUAGUAGCACACUGGCCAUCACCAAUGUUCCAGACCACAAGGGCUCCUCGGACCGUGAGGAGCGUCCCUACCUGGGCCACACCAGUCUACUACCCUUGGUCAAGAGUGAACCCUCCUACCCUGAACACUCCAACACCCAGGACCACUUCACUCCCUACACGGCGUUCCAGCAACAGCACCAUCACCAGCUAGGGUUCGGCUUCCCAGGAGGAUCAUCCGGUUCGGACCACUAUCAUCAUCACCACCACCAUCACCAUGCCAACACAGUGCACAAACUGAUGGCCACCAGCUAAACUAAGCAGUGAUAAAGCCAGUGAAGUGUGUUCGGCAAUAGACUAUUAGUGGAAUUAUGAUCGUAUAAAUUUAUACGAGAUACAAGUCGUUAAGAAAUGAAAAAGAGGUGAUUCGUGAAAAAUCCAUCGUAUGGGUGAAAAAUAAAAGACAGUUUGCUAAAUUAUCAUGUGUAGUAUGAUGAUCUCCCGGUUAAAGUCGAGUAUAUACUUAGAUUCUUUCCCGAUCUUGUAUAUCGUAUAGUAUACGUAGACUUCAUGAGUAUUAUUAAAGUUGACUGCAGAUUUUGCAAGAGACAACGAAUGAAAUUACGUACUUUUAAAUGAUAAAGCAUACGAUUGUAAAUAACUCUGAAAACAGUAAGCAAUUGAAAUUAUAACUUAUUUCAGAAAUAGAGGAUAAUAUACGUGUUCAUCGAUUAUAUGUAUUAUAGCUUUUCAUACAUAGACUACUAUGAUUUUACUGGAUUGUUAAACCUUUUAGUAAUUCUUAUCUUAUUGC